GUGGGUUUCCUCCAUUGCAAACCAAGCUUCCCUUCCGGCUUUCCUUUUGCGUCCCUCCACAAACCUACACAGUUCACCAACCAUUUCACCUACCUCUGCUUUUUUGCGCUCCAAGAUCCACACUUCACUACUACAUUUCUGUUUUCCUCCAUUUUUUUUUUCUUUAGCUCCCUCGUUCUCUACAUUCUUUCUCUCUGAAGAAUAGAAUUGUGUCUGCCCUUUUCUUGUCAUUUCUCUUAAUUCUUUUCGGUCCAUUACUACAACUCUCUGAAACUGCAAUUUUGCAACGGUAACCCCUUUUGGGGGAUCUUGGUUUUGGUGGGUUUGUGUUAUUUCAGGUCCAUUGGCUUAUCAAUGCGCAUUGAGUCUCUGGUGGUUCUAUUAGAAGAAACCCUGAGUUCCCAAAGAAGAAGAUCAAGGGGUUAACUUAGAUCACCACCUCAAAGGUGGAUGAUGUGUUGAUUUUUACUAGUUUUGGCAAGAUUACUUCAGUUUUACUUUUGAGAAUCUGUAAGAUCAAAGAUGCCUGAGAGUUCCUUGAAUUCAGAAUUGUCAAGGAAGACAUCGUUUUUAGGUCUAAAACUAUGGGUUUUGAUUGGUGUAUCAGUUGGAGCAUUUAUAGUGUUGAUUCUUUGUAUCUUAUCUGUAUGGGUUACAUUUCGGAGGAAAUCCAGACAAUUGGUUGACAAGUUCCCCCUUUCUCAAAUACCAAACAUCUCCAAGGAUAUCAAGGUUGAUAGAAUUGGUGUUCAAACUUACAAUGAUCACCCAGAAAGUUUGUUCCUUCCAGUUAAUGAUAAAUCAAGUGAUAAGAAUUUGGAGAAAAUGCUAACUAAUUUUGGGGCAAGCAAAUCAAGUGAUCCUGAUAACAUAAGUCAGUGCAGUUCAGUCUACCACCAUGAACAGGCAUUUAGUUCCCAUUCAGGUGAACAAGGAAGCUCUGGCACAGUGAGAAAGCAGUCUGCUUUGUCAUAUGGAGGGUUAGUUACAGCCUCUCCAUUAAUUGGUCUUCCAGAAAUCUCACAUCUUGGGUGGGGGCAUUGGUUUACUCUUAGAGACCUUGAGUUCGCAACACAUCAUUUCUCAGCAGAGAAUGUGCUUGGUGAAGGUGGAUAUGGGGUUGUAUACAGGGGUAGACUGAUCAAUGGGACUGAGGUUGCAGUAAAGAAGCUCCUGAAUAAUUUGGGACAGGCAGAGAAAGAAUUUAGGGUUGAGGUGGAAGCCAUUGGCCAUGUUCGACAUAAGAAUCUUGUGCGACUUUUGGGCUACUGCAUAGAGGGAGUUCACAGGAUGUUGGUGUAUGAGUAUGUGAAUAAUGGCAACUUAGAACAGUGGCUACAUGGGGCCCUGCGCCAGCAUGGUACCCUGUCUUGGGAAGCUCGCAUGAAAGUUAUUCUUGGCACUGCCAAGGCGCUUGCUUAUUUGCAUGAAGCAAUAGAACCAAAAGUUAUUCACCGGGACAUAAAAUCUAGCAAUAUAUUGAUUGAUGAUAAUUUUAAUGCUAAGGUUUCUGAUUUUGGACUGGCCAAGCUGUUAGACUCGGGAGAAAGUCAUAUCACAACUAGAGUUAUGGGAACAUUCGGUUAUGUGGCACCUGAAUAUGCUAAUACUGGCUUGUUAAAUGAGAAGAGUGAUAUUUAUAGCUUUGGUGUCCUCCUACUUGAAGCUGUCACUGGUAGAGACCCUGUGGACUAUGGGAGGCCUGCUAAUGAGAUCAAUCUUGUUGAGUGGCUGAAGAUGAUGGUGGGAACAAGAAGAGCAGAAGAAGUUGUGGAUCUGAAUCUGGAAAUUAAGCCUACGACACAUGCUCUUAAGCGUGCCCUUUUGGUGGCACUUAGAUGUGUUGAUCUAGAUGCUGAUAAGCGACCUAGAAUGAGUGAGGUUGUACGGAUGCUAGAAGCUGAUGAUUAUCCAUUUCGUGAGAGCCGAAGGAACAGAAAGAACCGUACAGCUAGCAUGGAAAUUGAAUCCAUGAAAGAAUCAUCAACUGAUGUGGAAAACAAAGUAGAGGAUUCUCAGACCCAUGUAUCUGCCACGGCUGACGAGUAGGACCAACAGAAGAAUGACCUAGGGAAUGCUUGCAUCAUCAUAUUUAAGUUUUUGGUAACCAAUGGAUAGCCUUGAAGAUAGCACAGGAACUAGAAGCAUCGACCUUUGUUGUUGGGGUUUUGCUACCCAACGAGGAAGCAAAAGAUCAGAAGCGGGGUGGUGGUGUUGUUGUACAGGUGUGCCGUAAGAGUUUGGUCGUGCGCUGCAUUUUACAUUUGAUUAUAAAUUUCCCCCCUUUUUCAUUUCAGUUACCGAUUCUUUUGUAUGCUGGUUAUCCCUUGCCUUAACUUGGUCUCCCUUUUAAUUUAUUUAUUUGUUGAUUUUGCAAUGGACAUCAUACUAUUAAAUCAAUUAUUAUCUU